UCCUCCUCCGCGCGUCUGCCCGUCUCCGCGUCCCGGAAGCUCGGGAAGCACCGAGAGAGAGAGAGAGACAGAGAGAGAGACAGAGAGAGAGACAGAGAGAGACAGAGAGAGAGACAUGUUUUCCUUCACGGUUCUCCUCCUCCUGCUGGUUCCACGUGUGCUGCCGUCCUCCAGACAAGUAGCAGUCAUCUCCCCUCAGGAUCCCGUCCUGCGCAUCGGCUCCAGCCUGACAGCCACGUGCACGCUGAGCCCCGAGCUGGGCCUCCACGCCGGCACCUUGUACUGGACCCUGAACGGGAUGAGUCUGCCCAGCAGCGCCUACAGCGUGGUGAGCCCCGGCGCCCUGAGCGUCACGCUGCACAACCUCAGCGGCUCCCGGCAGCAGUCCGGAGACAACCUGGUGUGUCACGCCGCGGACGGACACGUCCUGGCCGGCUCGUGUCUCUACGUGGGCAGGCCUCCAGAAAAGCCGGUCAAUUUAACAUGUCUGUCCCACAACACCAAGGACUUGAGCUGCAAGUGGAGCCCGGGGGGUCGGGGCGAGACCCACGUCCGGACCAAAUACACCCUCAAGUACAAACUGAGGUGGUACGGGCAAGAGAAGGAGUGUGUGCUGUACAGCGCGGGGAAGCAGCGCUACUCCUGCUACAUCCCCCGCAACCUCGCCCUCUUCACCCCGUAUGAGAUCUGGGUGGAGGCGGUCAAUAAACUGGGCGCCGCCACCUCGGACAUCACCACCCUGGACAUCCUCGAUGUCGUGACCACGGACCCUCCUGCCGACGUGCAGGUGAGUCGCGUCGGCGACCUCGAGGACCAGCUGACGGUCCGCUGGGCCAGCCCCCCCGAGCUCAAGGACAUCCUGUUUCAGGCCAAAUACCAGAUCCGCUACCGGCUGGAGGACAGCACUGACUGGAAGGUGGUGGAUGAUGUCGGUAACCAGACCUCAUGUCGGCUCGCAGGCCUCCGGCCCGGUACCGUCUAUUUCGUCCAGGUGAGGUGCAACCCGGUGGGCAUCUACGGCUCCAGGAAGCCCGGCAUCUGGAGCGACUGGAGCCACCCGGCCGCCGCCUCCACCCCCAGCAACGAGAGGCUGCAGAGCGGCUCCUGCGAUCCCAAGCCCGGCGAGCAGAACUCCACCCUGCGACGGGAGCUCAAGCAGUUCUUCGGCUGGGUCCGCAAGCACGCGUCCGGCUGCAGCGGCAUGUCCAUCAAACUGUACGACCAGUGGCGGGUGUGGCUGCAGAAAUCGCACCGAACGCGCAACCAGGUAGAUUCUACAAGACGAUAAUUUAUAGCAGCGCCCUCUAGGCGGUGUUUAAUCCGCGCACAGCAUCGAGACACUGACAGAGGGUCCCAGCUGUGUGAGAGGUCCAACACCCCCCCCAACACCCCCCCCCCUCAGGCCCUCAGUAACUGCACUUUUAUUGUAGAAAAAUAAAGUUUGCACCACAGUUUAGACCGCUAAUUUCAUGCAAGAUAAUAAACUGAUAUAUGAUCCAUGUAUGUCAUGAGAUACUAAAGCAUUACUGUCCACUAGUAUAAAAAAAUGAGGAACAAAAUGUUCAAAACAACCAUAACUCUACUUUUCAGGUGGAGUAUUUUUGUGAAUCUGAAUCUGUGAUGUUUACUCUCUUAUAAUCGGUGUGGCCUUCAGGAUAGUUUGACUCUCCAGAUUUUCCUGUUGGAUACGACUUCAGGAGUAGAGCUGCCGUUAACGAUCAUUUCCUUCGAUAAUUAGCUGAUAAAUCUUAAAUAUUCAAAUCAGUUUCUAAAGGCCAAAUUACAAAGAGGUUCAAUUUCACUAAAACGGUGAAUAUUUGACAUUUUGCUCCUCGGAAAUGACUUUUAUAACUGGCAAUUUACUUUCUGUUGAUCGUUUCCGUUGAAGGUCAGAGAAAAAUAUCUGUGAAAUCACUAAAGAGCUGUUUGGCUCCGAGUCACCAGUUGAUGCAUAAAAAGAGUUCCACAAAAAUGUCUCCUACAGAAAGUAAUCAGGCAUCAGGUGCCGAGGAAUCUGAAAGGUUGCGUGUUCAAGCCAUUUAUAUAGUUACAUUGAUAUAUUGUAGCAAGUUUUUGUUCAUUCUGUAACAUGCAGACACUGUCCCGUGUCUUAGUAAAACAUUUUUAAGACAUUUUUCAUACUGUUUAUAUUUUUACAACUGCAUCUAUGUUUUUUUGUUUAAGUUAUAUUCUUUUCCUGCAUCAAAAAGUGCCUCUGAGAAAUACUCUGUAUGAAUACAUGUAUAAAAACAGUAAAAAAGGUAAAA